AUGAAGACCAUGGCUGAGGUGGACUUCAGGUUCCGGCAGCAGUCUCCUGUCAGUCAAUUCACAAGUGACACAAGCAGUGUCAUGCCAAAGAGGUUACCCCGCAACUGGCUACUCAGCACAAGCAAGUUCAGGAAAUUUGAUGCCACAGCCAUCAUCCAGGCCCUGCAAUAUUUCCGAGAGGACAACCUCACGUUGAUGCUGGUGUCGCAGGAUUACCCUGGUACUUGGAAUCUGAAGGAGAAAUGGUACGGAACCGAGUACACAAUUGACCGAAUCCCCACCGAUGUCCUCUCCGACAUCCGCAAAGCCCUCAAUUCCCAGGAUCCAAGAGCCUGCGGAAAACCCCCGAUUACUGCGAAACGACGAUUUGAGGUGUCAGGGCUUUUGUUCAGCAUAUCGGCAAAUAUGCUCGGUGUGGACAUCAGUGUACAUGGAUACAACGACAAGAUGGCUGUCCUCUUGGAGAAGAUUCUCAUCACCAUGUGA